CAAUAGAUGGUACAAUCACACUCAAUAUAAAGGGAUACUGAGACCUUCUGUUAAAUUUGUCUAGAAUAAGCUUUUAAAUAGCAAAGUAAGUGUGAAAGACAGGCCUCAACUCCAGACUACUUUUUAGACGCUCCAAGAAGCUGUAGUUCCAAAGACCUGCAAUACAAAUUAUAUUGGAUAUCUGACUGCUCAACAUUGUUCCAGUGUUUCAGUGCUUGAAGUUCCAACUUCAGCUCCAAUCCGUCUAAAGUUAUGAUGUUCUUCCUGAAGCUCGCUCUACUCAGCUUUAUUGCAGUUCCGAGCUUGUUUGUUUCUGGAGAAAAUAUAAUUACCUGUGAAGGUGAUGUCCAUCGACUUACUUGUGACACCGGACUGAUAUUAGUGAAGUAUUCUUUCUAUGGCCGUACUGACAACAAUACCUGCGGUAUGAAGUGGUCCCCAUAUGACUUGGUUAAUACCAGCUGCUCUUUGAAGAUUUCCACUAUUGCUGAUAGAUGCAAUGGACUAAAAGUGUGUGAGAUAAAUACGGCUUUACUUGAGAACCCUGACCUAUGUUAUGGAACUUACAAAUACUACAACACCACGUACGAGUGCAUCAAUGGCCGGUUAGCUGUUAUUUGUGAGCGUGGCUACAGCACACUGGAUUGCGGAGAUGGUUCUAUUCAGAUUAUAAAUGCGAACUAUGGCCGUGCUGAUUCAGUAACCUGUUCCCGUGGAGUUUCUAACAGUUUUGUCCAGAACACUAACUGUUACUCUCCAAACACACUCUCCAAAGUGGCCACUCUCUGUAAUGGACAGAGGAGAUGUGAGGUAGAAGCUUCAUACACUGUCUUUACUGAGCCAUGCAUUGGGACUGUUAAAUACCUUACAGUGUUCUACAUCUGCACCGGAUUGACUGUGACCUGUGAACACAAUACUGCUGUACUUUCGUGUGGUGCUGACCAUAUAAAUAUCAUCGGUGCGAACUACGGCCGAACCGAUUCCACCACGUGUUCUUCAGGACGACAUGAGAGUCAGAUCGCCUUUACAAAUUGCUACUUGCCUGACACAGUACAUAAAGUUGCAGCUAGAUGUGAAGGACAAAGAAGAUGUGAGGUGCCUGCGACCAACAGUGUCUUCUCUGACCCCUGCGUUGGCACCUUUAAGUACCUGACAGUUGUAUACUCCUGUAUCUUGUUGCUGUUGGACUUUGACUCAGCCUGCAUCAUGAUGCUCCUGAAGCUCACAUUAUUCACCUUACUUAUGGCCGCUCUGGACUUGCAGACUCACGUGUCUGGAGAGAAAGAAGUUACCUGUACUUCCCAGAACCAGACUUGUCCAAGAGUUGUUGCCUGUGAUGGUGGUACUGCUGUGCUGAACUGCGGUCAUCGUCGUAUAAGGAUCAUCAGAGCUUUCUAUGGCCGACUCGAUUCCACCACUUGUGCUGCAGGACGACCUGCCAAUCAAAUCUGUAACAGACAUUGCUCCUUGCCCAGAGCACAACAGAUUGUUUCAUCUAGAUGUAAUGGAAGGUGCUACUGUCGCGUGCCGGUUAAAAGAUGUGUCUUGCCUGAUCCCUGCUGUGGCACCUAUAAGUACCUGUCAAUUAAUUACUACUGUACCUAAAAACUCGAGGGAUUCCAGCUUUCUUCCCAAGGGCCUCUUUUCAUCAGACCAACUGCAUUUGUUAGCUUAAUGAGUUGUGGUGUUGAUGCGCUUUAAAUUAGCAUGCUAUAAUCAACUCCUGUAAUCAUUUUUGUAACUUGUUUAUUUGCAUUUACAUGUAAUCAGUUUCUCCUAAACAAAUUCACUUUAGUAAUAAUGCUUUAAUAAACUAUCCACUAAAUGCAAGCAUAA